UGUGGGGGACAACAUCAAAGGCCUUCUGGAAAUCUAACUGAAUGUGAUGAAUUCGAUGAAUCCAAAGUUACCGAGGUUCGGGUGUAUGAAGGUGAGGCUGCUGUGUUCCGAUUCCCUCUCUCUACCUCCUCCACUGUUUUCAACAACUACUGUGCAAACACUGGAUUCAAGAUAGACUGGUACAAAAACCAGUCUGACGGACACCUCCAGCAGCCUGUCUUAUGGCCCCGGAUCAGCCAAGAAGGAGAAAGGCUGUGGUUUCAUCCAGCGGAAUUUAAUGAUACAGGCCAAUAUAUUUGUACAGUAAGAAAUGGAACAUUCUGUGCUAAGAUACCUGUCUGGCUUAAUGUAGUUCAGAGGGCCAGGGAAAUAUGCAUAGCAGAGCCAGCAGGCAUUUCGACCCUGGUGAAGAUUCCUUUGGAAGAAAACAGGAUAGUCACUUGUCCUGAUAUUGAAGAUUUCAGGCAUCCGAACAGGAAUUUCUCUGUCCAGUGGUUUCAUAACUGUUACCCUCACCCAAACUGGCAAGGUGACCGUGGGAUUGAAAAUGACAAGCUGGUUAUUCAUGUGAUGCGUGAGAACUACCAGGGAAACUACACUUGCAUGGUGACCUACAAGUUCAUGGGAAGAAAUAUGUCCUUCACAAGGGUGGUCACUGUUGAGCCUGUGUCUCCAAGUGGGCUUCCAAAGAAUCCGGACAUACAAACCCCCGAUGAGCUGCAUGUGUUUACUGUGAAUUUAGGGUCGCUGGCUCAGCUGGCUUGCACUGUGUUCCUUCCCUACUUAAGUGAAGAGCAGUCAGAACCUCAGGUGUGGUGGGAAAUUGACGGGCAUAAAGUCAACCUACACGGCGACACCCGCAUUACCAGCAUGUCCAAAGUUUUGAUGAUUGCACUAGGUGACAGAACAAUAGAGACAACGCUACAGAUUCAGUCUUUUAACUCCCAGGACCUGAAGAGGAAAUACACUUGUAAUGCUGCAAACAGUCGGGGCAAUGUGAGCCGGAAGGCUGUCAUCCAAUAUGAGGGACACCCACCCCACAUAGAACUAGGAUGUGGUCUAGGCAUCCCCUUGUUCCUUGUAGUGGUGCUGUUUGGAUUGUACCAUUUGUAUUGGCUGGAACUGCUACUGCUGUACCGUUCCUGCUUUAGAUCAAAUGAAGUAUUAGAUGGGAAGGACUAUGAUGUCUAUAUUUCCUAUGCGAGGAACAGUGAGGAGGAACAGUUUGUGCUACUGACUCUUCGUCGAGUCCUGGAGAAUGAGCUUGGAUAUCGAGUGUGCAUUUUUGACAGGGACAGCCUGCCUGGAGGCACCAUCACAGAUGAGACUCUGAGUUUUGUGAGCCGUAGUCGACGCAUCAUUGUAGUGCUGAGUCCACUCUAUGUGCUGCGUGGCACACAGGCCUUGCUGGAACUGAAGGCUGGUCUGGACAGCAUGGCCCAGGCUGGAGAUCUCCGAGUUAUCCUGGUCCAGUACCAGCCUAUUUGUAGAUCAAGCUGGGCCCAGGAACUGCGCCGAGCCCGUGUGGCAUUAACAUUGAUCCAGUGGAAGGGGGAGAAAUCUGCUGAUCUCUCUUCACGCUUCUGGAAACAACUACAGGUAGAACUCCCAGUCAGGAGGAUCAAAGACUCUGUAAAUAGCAGUGAACUCCCAUUAUGCAGUAAACACAAAUAUAUACACACAUAGAUGGAACAACAGCCUCACUGUAUAGUACAGAUGAAAAGCAUGCACACUGAUAUCAACAGCAUGUUCCCACAAUAGCCCAAAAAUUUAAUUAAGCAUCACUGGGAUGCAAUGUGAUGUUCUUUUUUUGUUUCAUACAGCAUAAAGUACAGAUAUUUUACGGGUUGCUCAAUACUUUAUAUGACAAUAUGGGUUUAUGCUGUUUUUUUUUCUUUAAUCCUUCAGUGAGUCCUUUUGGUGAGUUAGCCUUCACCAAAAUACUGCUUGAUAUAUUACAUAUUAUGUUUGGCAAGCUGAGAGUAAAUCAAAAAUGUUAUACAGGGGAGCCCCUUGUACAGCCCUUUACAUUAAGUUUAUAAACACAGCUUGCCAUCAGAUGCUUUUAAAAAGUUUAUUAUUACUUUUUGCAAUAUGAAAAAAUUAUUACUGCUAAUACUGACUGUAGGCAGCAAGAGCCAAGUAUAUGUAUCUUUUAUGUAAAAUGCACUGAUCCCAUAAAUAUGAUUUUAUGGUAGUUUUCUCCGUGCAUGAUUUCCUUGAUGCAAUCUCUGAUUUUAAUGGACCUUUAAUACUACUUUAGUGUCUCGAACUUGGCUAACAUGGGCAGCCAAACAUGGAGAACAGCAGAAAAGUGGGAAAUAUAAGGGGCAUGUGUUUGGACUAGAACUAGCAAGACAAGGGAAGGAUAUGCAUACUCCACUCACAUUUAUUUGCAAUGUGAAAAGAAUACGAGAUUAUCAAAUGCUUUUUAAAAUGUUAAUAAAAAAACAUGAGUAUAGGAGUGUAA